AUGGCUACAACACUUUCACUUUCCUUCUCCUUAGACCCUCAAAACCGCUUCAACAUCAUCACCACCACCACCAAAACGACUCGUCGUUUUACAUUCUCAUCUCUUCCUCAUAGAAAACCCCUAAUCCCAAAUCCCCACUUCAAACUCUCAUCUUCUUCCCAUUCCCAAUCCCAAACCCUAACCGAACCCAUCAUUCAAACAGGUAAAUUCCUCACAAACGACGAACUUGACAAACUCCAAUUCCUCUCCUCCUUCCUCUACUCACAGCAACUCGAAUCCGGUACGGUUUGGGUUCGAGUCAUGAGAGACAACGAAGUGGAUCCCAUUGUGUGUUUACUCGCGGAUUCGUUUUCGGAAUCGAUGAUGUUUCCGAAAGGAUAUAUCAAUGUGUUGAGGUUUCUUGUGAAACGGUAUUUGGUUGAGCGAAGGAGUUCGAUGCUGCAUAUGGCGACGCUGGUUGGGUUUUAUAGAGGGGUUGUUGAUGGGGAAGAUGGAGAAAUGCAGUUGGCGGGGACUGUUGAGAUUUCUUUUGAUAAAAAUGGUGCUAAUGCUUCGAUUCCUUCGCCUACUCCUCCGAGGGAUUCUCCUUACAUUUGUAACAUGGCUGUGGAUAAAUCUCUCAGAAGGUAA